CAUGUGACUCAGUAUGGAGGUUGUGAACAAACCUGAGGCCGGGCUUCGACUGAGGAAGAAAAGUAGAGACUGAAGGAAGAAAAUAAAGUGAGAGGGGCGGGGAAAGACCAGCACCUACAAUAAUAACACUGAAAUGAGGGGAAUAUGGGCGCCAAGGAGUCAAGGAUAGGUUUUUUGUCUUACGAUGAAGCGGUGAAACGAGUUACAGAUGUAGAACUGAAAAGAUUAAAAGAUGCCUUCAAGAGAACCAGUGGACUUUCUUGCUACAUGAACCAACAAGCCUUUGUUAGGGAAGUACUUGGAGAUGGGGUUCCACCUAAAGUUGCAGAGGUCAUUUAUCAUUCAUUUGGUGGAACGUCAAAAGGCCUUCAUUUUAAUAACCUGAUAGUGGGGCUGGUCCUCCUGACAAGGGGAAGGGAUGAAGAAAAAGCUAAGUAUAUUUUUAACCUCUUUGCUAAUGAAUCUGGGAGCUAUGUCGUGCGAGAGGAGAUGGAAACCAUGUUACGGGCCUGUGAUGGUGAGGUUCAACUGGGAGUUAAGAAGUGCUUUGUCGAGGGAGAAAAGGUAAAUUAUGAGAAGUUCAAGAAUUGGCUCCUUCAGAAUAAGGAUGCAUUCACAUUUGCUCGAUGGCUACUGUCGGGGGGAGUGUGUGUCACCCUUACUGAUGAUAGUGAUACACCUACCUUCUAUCAAACUCUGGCUGGAGUCACUCAUUUGGAAGAAUCUGAUAUAAUUGAUCUUGAGAAACGCUACUGGCUACUAAAGGCUCAGUCAAGGACUGGACGCUUUGAUUUGGAAACAUUUGUUCCUUUAGUUUCCCCACCCAUCCAUCCAUCUUUAACUGAAGGUCUAUUCAGCGCUUUUGAUGAAAAUCGUGACAAUCACAUAGACUUCAAAGAAAUUUCUUGUGGUCUUUCUGCUUGCUGUAGAGGACCUCUUGCUGAACGGCAAAAAUUUUGUUUCAAGGUAUUUGACACUGACCGAGAUGGAGCUUUGUCUCGCACUGAAUUAGAAGAAAUGGUAGUUGCACUUUUGGAAGUCUGGAAAGAUAACCGUACUGACAGUAUCCCUGAACUGCACAUGGGGACAGCUGACAUUGUAAAUCAUAUCUUGAAGAAGCAUGACACCACUAAGAUGGGACAUUUAACACUAGAAGAUUAUCAGAUAUGGAGUGUAAAAAGUGCUCUGGCUAGUGAGUUUCUUAAUCUCCUAUUUCAGAUAUGCCACAUAGUUCUUGGCCUAAGACCAGCAACGCCAGAAGAAGAAGGACAAAUUAUCAGUGGAUGGUUGGAAAGAGAAAGCAGACAUGGCCUACAACCUGGACAUAACUGGUUUCUGAUUUCAGUGCAGUGGUGGCAGCAGUGGAAGGAAUAUGUGAAAUAUGAAACCAAGCCAGUCAUAAUAGAGCCUUCUUCAAUAAUGAAUUUAGUGAAAAGCCACAACCCACUGCACCCUGUGGAACAGGGUGAAGAUAAGCCUGGAGUGCAGAGUUCCUUCAGUUCUCCAGAUGAAAGAUGUUUGGACAACAUAUCAAUUGCAUCUGAAGCAUCUGAGAGCACUGGCACUGGUUUAUACCAGUCUAGUCCAGCUAGUACUGAUGCUUGCUUUACUAGACAGCACAGCAGUCUGGACAGUAACGGUCAAUGUUUCCUUGGUGUCAACGGGAACAUUUUGGCACAACUUGGUCCACAGAAACCAGGAGCUAUCGAUAACCAGUCACUUGUAAUGCAAGGGUCUGUGAAGGCUCCUACGUUAACUUUAGAGGGUGGACGCCUGAAACAGAAUCCAGCUUUGGUUCGAGGCAAGGACUACGAGAUUGUCCCAGAGCCUGUGUGGAGGGCACUGUAUCAUUGGUACGGGGCAAACCUGGCUCUACCAAGGCCUGUCAUUAAAAACACAACAAAUAAUGAAGCAGAGCUAGAAUUGUUUCCUCGCUACCUACUUUUCUUACGUCAGCAACCAGCCUCACGCACGCAACAGUCCAACAUCUGGGUGAAUAUGGGUAUGAUGAGCCUGAGAACAUUUCCUCAACAUGCAACUAGAGGAAAUGUACCUUCACCAUCUUCUCCAAUGAAACGAGUGUUAGCUUACACUGGCUGCUUCAGCCGUAUGCAAACAAUAAAGGAUAUACACGAAUACUUAUCUCAGCGGCUUCGAAUAAAGGAGGAAGAUAUGCGACUGUGGCUGUACAACAGUGAGAACUACCUUGCACUACUAGAUGAUGAGGAUCACACAUUAGAAGAUUUGAAAAUUCUAGAUGAGCAGCACUUGGUGAUUGAAGUUCGCAACAAAGAUAUGAGUUGGCCGGAGGAGAUGUCAUUCAUUGCAAACAGUAGCAAAAUGGACAGACACAAGGUUCCAACUGAAAAGGGUGCUACAGGAUUAAGUAACCUGGGAAACACAUGUUUUAUGAAUUCAAGUAUCCAGUGUGUCAGUAACACACAGCCACUCACGCGCUACUUUAUCUCAGGAAGACACCUUUAUGAACUCAACAGGGCUAACCCAUUAGGAAUGAAGGGUCAUAUGGCCAAGUGCUAUGGGGAUCUUAUCCAAGAAUUGUGGAGUGGAACUCAGAAGAAUAUAGCACCGCUUAAACUCAGGUGGACAAUAGCAAAAUACGCUCCAAGAUUUAAUGGCUUUCAGCAGCAGGACUCCCAAGAGCUCCUAGCAUUCUUGUUGGAUGGUCUUCAUGAAGACCUCAACAGAGUUCAUGACAAGCCAUAUGUAGAACUGAAGGAUAGCGACGGUCGUCCAGAUUUUGAGGUUGCAGCAGAGGCAUGGGAAAAUCAUUUAAGGAGAAAUAAAUCAAUUGUGGUUGACCUGUUUCACGGACAGCUAAAAUCACAAGUCAAAUGUAAAACAUGUGGACACAUCAGUGUUCGAUUUGAUCCAUUCAACUUCUUAUCUUUGCCUCUGCCAAUGGAUAGCUAUAUGCACUUGGAAAUCACAGUUAUCAAAUUAGAUGGUUCCACACCAGUGCGAUAUGGUUUACGAUUGAAUAUGGAUGAGAAAUAUACAGGUCUGAAAAAACAGUUAAGUGAAUUGUGUGGACUGAAGUCAGAACAGAUCUUGCUGGGAGAGGUUCAUGGUUCUAACAUAAAAAAUUUUCCUCAAGAUAACCAGAAAGUGCGACUGUCAGUGAGUGGUUUUCUAUGUGCUUUUGAAAUCCCUGUUCCAGGAUCACCAACCUCUGCCAGUUCUGCUGUACAAACAGAUUUGUCCCAGGUGCCAUUAAGUAACGGAAGGCAUAACCAGUCCUCAAAUGCAAAUCCAAUGAAACCAAGCCUCAUUCCCAAUGGAAUUCCGAGUACUGUGGUGCCAGCUGGGAUUGAUAAGAAUCUCUCUAAUGGACUGCCUAAUGGACAUUUGCCAGCAGUUACUGACAGCCCUUUCAUAGGAUAUAUUAUUGCAGUUCACAGAAAAAUGAUGCGGACAGAAUUGUAUUUUCUGUCCUCACAGAAAAAUCGCCCCAGCUUAUUUGGCAUGCCACUCAUUGUGCCCUGCACUGUACAUACUCGCAAGAAGGACCUCUAUGAUUCUGUGUGGAUACAGGUUUCACGGCUUGCCAGCCCUCUGCCACCCCAGGAAGCAAGCAACCAUGCUCAAGACUGUGAUGACAGUAUGGGCUAUCAGUAUCCAUUCACUCUUCGAGUUGUUCACAAAGAUGGAAAUACAUGUUCAUGGUGUUCGUGGUAUAGAUUUUGUAGAGGAUGCAAGAUUGACUGUUCUGAUGAACGAGCUUCUGUUGGGAAUGCUUACAUAGCCAUUGACUGGGAUCCAACUGCCCUACAUCUUCGCUAUCAAACAUCACAAGAGAGGAUCUGUGAGGAGCACGAAAGUGUCGAACAGAGCCGACGAGCUCAAGCAGAGCCCAUUAAUUUGGACAGCUGUCUCCGGGCAUUCACUAGUGAGGAGGAGUUGGGGGAAGACGAGCUCUAUUAUUGUUCAAAAUGUAAGACCCAUCGCCUGGCAACAAAGAAGCUUGAUCUCUGGAGACUUCCACCAAUUCUGAUAAUUCACUUGAAAAGAUUUCAAUUUGUUAAUGGCCGUUGGAUCAAAUCACAGAAGAUUGUUAAAUUUCCCCGUGAAGCUUUUGACCCCAGUGCAUUUUUAGUGCCACGGGAGUCAAUGCAAACUGAACAGCAGACUGCUCAAGUGGAACUGAAGAAACUAGAUUUGAGGAACUCCCAGGGAACAGGGACUGGCGGCUCUGAACUACAAGCUGGUGUAAAUUUGAGUAUUUUGAAUUUAAAAGCAUCUCCAACUUCAGGAAGAAAAAAUCAUAAUUCAUCAAACAAAAGCAACAGUCCUACGAACAGCCCAAAACAAGGAAAAAACAGAGGUCGACUCCGCUUACCACAACUUGGCAAGAACAAACUGUCAAACAGUAAAGAAAAUCUAGACAGCAGCAAGGAGAGUAAUUGUGAUAUGGAUCAAAUAUUGGAGAUGAAGAAUGUCAGAAAUGCUCAUUUCGACCAAGUGGUAGAUGUCACUGAUAAGGCAAACUGUUCUGGAGGAGACAAUGAGGGAAUAAUGCAGGAGAUUGUAACAGCACAGGACAAUGAGUUGAUUUUAGUCAAUGGAGUGUGUCACAAUAAACAACAGAAUGGAUUUAGAAAUUGCAGUUGUAAUGGAGAGUGUGAAAGCCACAUGAAUGAAGAUGUAACUACAGAUGACCAAAGAGUUCCACUCCUUUUAAAGCCUCUAUAUAACUUAUAUGCAAUUUCUUGCCAUUCAGGAAUCUUGGGAGGAGGCCACUACGUCACAUAUGCCAAAAACCCCAAUGAAAAGUGGUACUGCUACAAUGAUAGUAGCUGUAAGGAGGUACAUCCCGAUGAAAUUGAUACUGAUUCAGCCUACAUCCUUUUCUAUGAACAACAAGGUGUGAACUAUGCACAGUUCCUGCCAAAGACUGAAGGCAAGAAGAUGGCAGACACUAGCAGUAUGGAUGAAGAUUUUGAAUCUGAUUAUAGAAAGUACUGUAUUCUGCAGUGAAUGUGUCCUUCUAUUCGUAAAAUGCCAUGAGAUUCCAGAAUGACUAUGUGGCAACAAAACACUCCCAAGAUGAAAGUUUCAGGGUUGGACAGGUUUUCUGCUCAAAAUGUACUGCUUCUGCAAAAUUACCCUUUGUGAUUAUGAAGCACAAGAGAAACAUGUGGAAGUUGAAAACAGAUGGUGAUACUGAUUUUCCAGUUGUUAUUUGCAACAAGUGUCAGUAGCCAAUGUGAUCUGCUACCUCCUUUUCUUAAACUGUUUUGAGUUUCAUGCAUUGUGUUGACGAGACCAGAAUGGUAGCAAGCCAGAAAGAAAUUUAAACCUACUAAAACUUGGGCUACAGCAUUUUAACUGUAACAGAGUUAUCAUUAACUGUGUAGAUUAUAUUUUCCCCUAGUGAAUUUGGAGUGAAUAGUUCACGAAACACAGUUUACAUUUGUUACCUUUUUAACUACUACUUCAGCUUGUAUUUUUAAUGUUACAUAGUUGUAGGAAAAUUACUAUUUUAAAACAUUUGUGUAAAUUCUCCAGAAUAAAUUUCUUUUGUUUAAUGUAAUUUCCUGAAAAAUUACAAAAUAUGUGCCAUGAUUAUUUAAAACCCUUGACACAAGUAAGAAUGAAUCGAACUGAACCAAUUUAAACAAGUAAAAAGGUAAUGUAAAGUUGGGUUGUGUUUCUUGAAUUUUCCUCGCUGUUCUGUUGAUUUACAUGUUCCUUAAACCUAGAAAUAAUUUGUUUAAGUCAGAAUAUGCUACUCUGAUCUUGGCAUUUUCUGUUCUUUUAACAAUUCAUAUUUAUUAUGAAUAUAGAGUAAACCAUCUUUAGGUCAUAUGUUUAAUAUUUUUCAUUAGGUUGAAACUAAAGAAACCUGAUUUUUAAAGGUUUUGAUAGUAUUACAUUUAAAUUUCACCUGCAUUUUCAGCACUGCUCUAUACCAUAUGAUUUGUUCAAGUCGGUAUUACAUGAUAAAUACUUUGGGCACAGGAUUUCUGUUUUUUACUUUAAUAUCGGUUUGGAUUUUUAACUUGAUGUCAUUACUUGAGCUACAAAACACCCAUACACCUAGAUUCAGUUAAAGCAGGACUGUUUUUUUUGGCACCAAAAAAACAACUUAGCUAGCAGAAACAGAUGAUUUGUUGAUCUAUUUUACUAUAUUCAAAACUGGAACAAACAUUUGAUAUCCAGAGUUAGGUACUAUAAUUGAACAGUGUUUUACCUUCACAGGUUAUUGCAAUUCCCGCCCAAUGUGAUUUUUAUUGAUAUCCUGAAACAUCCUACAGCUACUUCAGAUGGUCUUAUAUAUAUAAUAUAUAUAUAUAUGUGUGUGUGUGCGUAUUCCUAUAAAGACUACUAAUUAAGCUCUAUUGAAGAGGAACAUUGGCAAAUACAAUGUAACAUGGAACAACUGGCUUCUUUCGUUUUGUUCCUUUGCAUAUUUGCACUCAGUAUGUAACAAUUCUCAUAUACUGAUUCUAGAAAUAAUGGCUAGAUUCUGUGCCUCAUUGCUUGGUAUUCUAAAUCAAUCUAGCCAUGCUUUCUCUACACAUAGUAACAUUGAAGCAGAGAUUAUGCACUUAACGGUUAUGUGUAUUUUGAAUAUCCUGACAAACGUACAGGUGCACAUUAUGAUUCAAAUAAGAGCAGUAAUUUUACAUUGUGUUUCCAGAAUUGUUCCUCUUAUGUUAUACAAGAGUUUAAAACAAAAUACCUGAGUGAUUGUGUGAAAAAUUAAUAUUUUAAACCACCCUCUCAGCCACAGCCCUACCAUAAGGGCAGGUAGUGCAAUCUACUGCUGUAUUGUGUUCUUACAAGUCCGUUAUAGAUAUAAUGGUUGAAAAAUAUUCUUUUUUUAUUAAAUUAAAUCAUUAACUGCAGAAUUUAUUAAUUUAUCUGAGUAACUACAUUACAUCUUAUUUUGUAAAUUCUUGUAAAAAAAAACAUUGACAUUGCACUGAAUUAAUUGGAAGAUUUUUAUGUACAUAAGUGCUCUGUAAAUAAACAAAUAGCAGUGAUGUAUUGUUAUACGAGCUGUAAAAAAUGUACUGGUAAUUGUAUAUGGAGUGAACCUGUUCAUCUGUAACUAUUAAAAACAAUAAAUACAGUGGCUG